GGGCCGCUGCUGCCCGGGCAGGUGCUGCAGGCCAACCCCAUGCUCACCUCCGAGGGCCAGCCCGCGCCGCUGCCCGGCGGGGACGUGCCGGGCUUUACCCCCGCGCCCCCCGCCGCCCCCGAGGAGAUCCACCCGCUCAAGGAGCAGCCGGCCAACGGCUCGGGAGAGGGGCAUGCCAAGCCCCGCAAAGCCUUCCCGGUCAUCGGCAUCGACUACACGCACGUCCGCAUCCCCUUCGAGAUCUCCCUCUGGAUCCUCCUGGCCUGCCUCAUGAAGCUGGGCUUCCACGUGAUCCCGUCAGUGUCCAGCAUCGUUCCUGAGAGCUGCCUGCUCAUCGUGGUGGGCCUUCUGGUGGGGGGGCUCAUCAAAGGGGUGGGUGAAAAGCCCCCCAUCCUCAAGUCGGAUAUCUUCUUCCUCUUCCUCCUCCCCCCCAUCAUCCUGGAUGCCGGCUACUUCCUGCCCUUGCGCCCAUUCACCGAGAAUCUGGGCACCAUCCUCAUCUUCGCCGUGGUGGGGACGCUCUGGAACGCCUUUUUCCUGGGGGGGCUCAUGUAUGCCGUGUGCCAGCUCGGCGGGCCUGGCCUCAACCACAUCGGGCUGCUGGCCAACCUGCUCUUCGGCAGCAUCAUCUCGGCCGUGGACCCCGUGGCCGUGCUGGCCGUGUUCGAGGAGAUCCACAUCAACGAGCUGCUGCACAUCCUGGUCUUCGGGGAGUCCCUGCUCAACGACGCCGUCACUGUCGUCCUCUACCACCUCUUUGAGGAGUUUGCCAGCUUCGAGCAGGUGACCAUCCUCGACAUCAUCCUCGGCUUCUUCAGCUUCUUCGUGGUGUCUCUGGGCGGGGUCCUGGUGGGCGUCAUUUACGGGGUGAUCGCUGCCUUCACGUCCCGCUUCACCUCGCACAUCCGCGUCAUCGAGCCCCUCUUCGUGUUCCUCUACAGCUACAUGGCCUAUCUGUCAGCCGAGCUCUUCCACCUCUCCGGCAUCAUGGCGCUCAUCGCUGCCGGCGUGGUCAUGCGGCCCUAUGUGGAAGCCAACAUCUCCCACAAGUCCCAUACCACCAUCAAGUAUUUCCUCAAGAUGUGGAGCAGUGUGAGCGAGACCCUCAUCUUCAUCUUCCUGGGUGUCUCCACCGUGGCUGGUCACCACUACUGGAACUGGACCUUCGUCAUCAGCACGCUGUUCUUCUGCCUCAUCGCCAGAGUGCUGGGCGUCCUUGUCCUCACCUGGUUCAUCAACAAGUUCCGAAUCGUGAAGCUGACGCCGAAGGACCAGUUCAUCAUCGCCUACGGGGGCCUGCGGGGAGCCAUCGCCUUCUCCCUCGGGUACCUGCUGGACUACAAACACUUCGGCAUGAGGGACAUGUUCCUCACAGCCAUCAUCACUGUCAUCUUCUUCACCGUUUUUGUGCAGGGCAUGACCAUCCGGCCCUUGGUGGAUCUGCUGGCUGUGAAAAAGAAGCAGGAGACAAAGCGCUCCAUCAACGAGGAGAUCCACACGCAGUUCUUGGAUCACCUUCUGACAGGGAUUGAGGAUAUCUGUGGUCACUACGGGCAUCACCACUGGAAGGACAAACUGAACCGCUUCAACAAGAAGUACGUGAAGAAGUGCCUGAUCGCGGGGGAGCGCUCCAAGGAGCCCCAGCUCAUCGCCUUCUACCACAAGAUGGAGAUGAAGCAGGCAAUUGAGCUGGUGGAGAGUGGGGGCAUCGGCAAGAUCCCCUCUGCCGUCUCCACCGUCUCCAUCCAGAACAUCAACCCCCAGAGCCUUCCUUUGGAGCGCGUCCUUCCAGCCCUGUCCAAGGACAAGGAGGAGGAGAUCCGGAAAAUCCUCCGCACUAACCUGCAGAAAACCAGGCAGAGGCUGCGAUCCUACAACCGGCACACGCUGGUGGCCGACCCCUACGAGGAAGCCUGGAACCAGAUGCUGCUGCGGAGGCAGAAGGCCCGGCAGCUGGAGCAGAAGAUGAACAAUUACCUGACGGUGCCAGCACACAGGGUGGACUCGCCCACCAUGUCCCGGGCUCGCAUCGGCUCAGACCCGCUGGCCUACGAGCCCAAGGAGGACUCGGAGAACCUGCCCAUCAUCACCAUCGACCCAGCCUCACCGCAGUCCCCGGAGUCCGUGGACCUGAUGAGCGAGGAGCCCAAGGGCUGCAGUGGCCUCCCACCCUCUCCCGAGGAGGAUGAGGAGGGGCUGGUGAUGCGGGUGAAGGAGCCUUCCUCCCCGGGGACUGACGACGUCUUCACCCCGGGGGCCAGCGACAGCCCCAGCAACCAGCGCAUGCUGCGGUGCCUGAGCGACCCCGGCCCGCGGCCCGAGCCCGAGGAGGGGGAGCCCUUCAUCCCCAAGGGGCAGUAGCUGCUGGCACAAAGCCUCCAAAUCGUUUCUCUCUCUCUUCA